GUUGGAAAUAUUGUUUUCUUUAUCGCACAUGCCUUUUUAGACUUAAUAUAACAUCCAUGUCAUUAUACUUCGCCACAAUUUGGAAAACAGGCCAUUUAUAUAUCACUGUGUUCCUGCGUAUAGGCUAAAAUAAAUAGUUACAUUGUCCUAGUCGUUUGGCUGUUCCAUUUGCUCAUAUUUUUGAGUGGGCUUUUCAAUCGGUUACAGUUAAAGUCCGCUGGACUGCUUCUGUUGCGGCCACUAGGGCCUUCCAUGGCGAUGUCCACUGGUUGUUGGCUGGUGGUGCGUCUGUAGCUGUGUGUAAGGAGGGCAGCCUACUGAGCCUAGGCGGUCUUUAGCCUCAGUCUGAUCUGAGCAUGUAGGCUGGAACCAUAAACACAUCCUGAAGCAAGCUUUACCCUAGUAAACCCCACAGCACCGAGACAUGCUACAUCCCCAUGAGCUCAGCCGCGGACGUAUGUUCUUGGAUAGAUCUCGGUUCUUAUAGCGCCAGUUAUAGGUUUGAGAAGCGGGUGGAGAUGACGGCGAGGAAAGCCGCUUUUCAGCCGCUGUCCAGCUCUCGCAUCCCGGAGAGGAAGGGAGCGGCUGACCGGGGGAAGACUAACUCCGACUGGUCUUAUCCUUUCUCCCAACAGGAGCCGGAGAAAGGCCAAUCAACAGCAGGGAUCCAUGCCCAUGUGGUGGGGGCUGUCGGGGGCUCUGGGGCCGUGGAUGAGUCGUCAGACAGCGAGGGAGAACAAGAAGGCCCGCAGAAACUCAUUCGGAAAGUGUCGACCUCCGGACAGCUCAGAAGCAAGACCAGCGUGAAAGAGGGAUUGUUGCUGAAACAGACAAGCUCAUUCCAGAGGUGGAAAAAACGCUAUUUCAAACUGAGAGGACGAACACUCUACUAUGCCAAAGAUGCCAAGUCACUGAUAUUUGACGAGGUGGACCUAUCUGAUGCCAGUGUGGCUGAGUCCAGCACUAAGAAUGUUAACAACAGCUUCACGGUGAUCACUCCGUUCCGCAGGCUCAUCCUCUGCGCAGAAAACAGGAAAGAGAUGGAGGACUGGAUCAGCUCGCUGAAGUCCGUCCAGUCCCGAGAGCAUUACGAGACAGCAGAGUUUAAUGUGGAACAUUUCUCAGGGAUGCACAACUGGUAUGCCUGCUCCCACGCACGGCCCACCUUCUGUAACGUCUGUAGGGACAGCCUCUCUGGCGUCACCUCCCACGGCCUGUCCUGCGAAGUGUGUAAAUUCAAAGCUCACAAGCGGUGUGCCGUCAGGGCCACCAACAACUGCAAAUGGACCACACUGGCCUCUAUAGGCAAAGACAUCAUCGAGGACGAGGAUGGGAUCGCCAUGCCCCACCAGUGGCUGGAGGGAAACCUGCCUGUUAGUGCCAAGUGUGCUGUGUGUGACAAGACCUGUGGCAGCGUGCUCCGACUGCAGGACUGGCGCUGUCUCUGGUGCAAAGCCAUGGUACACACAGUGUGUAUGGACCUGUACCCCAGGAAAUGUCCACUGGGCCAGUGUAAAGUCUCUGUCAUCCCUCCUACUGCCCUCAACAGUAUCGACUCUGAUGGCUUCUGGAAGGCCACCUGUCCCCCGUCCUGCGCCAGUCCUCUGCUGGUCUUUGUCAAUUCCAAGAGCGGAGACAACCAAGGGGUUAAAUUCCUCCGACGUUUCAAGCAGCUCCUCAACCCUGCUCAGGUGUUUGACCUGGUGAACGGAGGACCACAUCUAGGGCUGCGUCUCUUCCAGAAGUUCGAUAACUUCCGGAUCCUGGUGUGCGGAGGGGAUGGGAGUGUAGGCUGGGUCCUCUCUGAGAUAGACAAACUCAACCUCCACAAACAGUGCCAGCUGGGAGUUCUCCCCCUGGGUACUGGGAAUGACCUGGCGCGGGUGCUGGGCUGGGGCCCGUCGUGUGAUGAUGACACGCAGCUGCCCCAGAUCCUGGAGAAACUGGAGCGGGCCAGCACCAAAAUGUUGGACCGCUGGAGCAUCAUGACCUACGAAAUUAAGAUCCUUUCCAAACACAGCGGGCCUGUCACGCCCGACGACACUGACCAUGACCAGUUCCAGAUCUCAGCCUAUGAAGACUCGGUAGCUGCCCAUCUCACCAAGAUCCUCAAUGCUGACCAAAACUCUGUGGUCAUCUCCUCUGCUAAGAUCCUGUGUGAGACAGUAAAGGACUUUGUUGCCAAAUCCUAUGAGAGAAGCACUGAGAAUACAGAGGAGUGUGACACCAUGUCUCUCAAAUGUGCCAUCCUGAAUGAGAAGCUAGAUUUGCUCCUUCAGACCCUCAACACAGAAACCCAGUUUCCCCCACCUCCUCGCCUUUCCACACCCCCCAUCGUUGAGGAGGAGGAAGAAGAGGAGGAGGUGAGCGAGGAGUCGUUGACCGAGCUGAAGGAGAAACUGGAAGCGGAGGAGAGUGAGAAGGGAGGAGAGAACGGAGGAGGUUCGCCACACAAGAUGUUCAGAGCUAAAGAACAGUUGACACGGGCAAACAGCCUGAAGAAGGCUGUACGAGAGAUUAUGCAACAGGCAGAGAGAGUGGUGGAUGAACAAAAUGCCAGCACGGAGGAGCAGGAGCUGCCGUCCACGUUUGAGUUCAGGAAGGAGGGAGAGGAGGACAACAGGGACAGUGAAAAGGACGAGGACACCAAGGAACUAGAGACCCUGCCAUUGGCUAAGAGUCCUUGUUCCCCUCCUGAAAGGUGUGUGAGUCGCAGCAGCCAAUCAUGUGGCUCUUUCUCCAUCACACCCUUCACCACCAGCAAGGAGAACCUGCCUGUACUCAACACGCGUAUCAUCUGCCCUGGUACAUCCUACGGUUUGCGUGCUGGUCUGGCAGCCUCUAUAGCUGGUAGCUCCAUCAUCAGUAAGAUGCUGCUGGCUAAUAUCGACCCAUUUGGAGCUACGCCCUUUCUGGACUCUGACCUGGACUCACUAGAGGGCUUUAGUGAGAAGUGUGUAAUGAACAACUACUUUGGCGUUGGGCUGGAUGCUAAGAUCACAUUGGAGUUCAACAACAAGAGGGAAGAACACCCAGAGAAGUGCAGGAGUCGUACUAAGAACAGGGUAUGGUAUGGGGUUCUGGGCACCAAGGAACUCCUCCAGAGAACCUACAAGAAUCUAGAACAGAAGGUUCAACUGGAGGUGAGAGGUCAGUACAUCCCCCUGCCCAGCCUUCAGGGCAUUGCGGUGCUGAACAUCCCCAGCUAUGCAGGUGGAACAAACUUCUGGGGAGGAACCAAGGAGGACGACAUAUUCUGUGCCCCGUCAUUUGAUGAUAAAAUCCUGGAGGUGGUAGCAGUGUUUGGCAGUAUGCAGAUGGCUGUGUCCAGAGUCAUCAAACUGCAACAUCACCGCAUAGCACAGUGUCGCUCAGUGAAGAUCACUAUCCUGGGAGAUGAGGGUGUUCCUAUCCAAGUGGACGGAGAGGCCUGGGUACAACCUCCUGGAGUCAUUAAGAUCCAACACAAGAACAGAGCCCAGAUGUUGACCAGGGACAGGGCGUUUGAGAACACUCUGAAGUCGUGGGAGGACAAGCUGAAGUAUGACAAGCUGCCCCUGCGGUCUCACCUUUACUCCCAGCAGUCUGUGGACCUGGCCACUGAGGAGGAGGUGGCCCUCGUACAGCUGGUUGCCCGCGCUGCAGACGAUCUCAUCACCAGGAUCUGUGAGGCAGCCAAGACCAAUGGGCUUUUAGAGCAGGAGCUGGCUCACGCCGUCAAUGCCUCAUCACACGCCAUCAACAAGACACACCCCAAGUUAGCCGAGAGUAUGGCCAGGAACACUGCUAUAGAAGUAGCCAGCAAUGUGAAGGCUUUACACAACGAGACUGAAUCCCUUCUGGUGGGACGAGUAUCAUUGCAACUGGAACCCUCAGAUGAAGAGUCUUUAUCCAGUGCUCUGCAGAGUGUGGAGUUGGAGCUAGGCAAACUUGUAGAUAUUCCCUGGUUAUACCAUAUACUGCAGCCUAAUGAAGAUGAGGACCCCUCGUUAGAGUAUGGCAAGAGCAACAGUCGUAGCAGCAUGUUCAGAAUUGUGCCAAAGUUCAAGAAAGAGAAAGCUACCAAGAAGACCAACCCUCAGUCAGUGGAGCGAUGGGGUACAGAGGAGGUAGGAGUCUGGCUGGAGCUGCUCAGUCUGGGAGAGUACAGAGAUACCUUCACACGCCAUGACAUCAGAGGCUCUGAACUGCUGCACCUGGAGAGGAGGGACCUGAAGGAUCUGGGGAUAUCGAAAGUGGGUCAUAUGAAGAGAAUUCUCCAGGGAACUAAGGACCUGGCCAAGACCGCAAUGGUUGACCUCUAACCCAGAAGUAGUUGGUGCCAGAGUGGAAGUGCCCUUCCACCACAGAGAAAGAGUUUGGGAGCUCCGCAGGGAGAGCUGAACGCCUGGCAUCUUGGGGUGGAUGGAUGGAUUUGAUCCUUUGAUGGAUUUAAGAAAGCUGUUGGUGAGAAAUUGUCGAACCUAAAUGUUUUAGUGAGGCUGUGUUUGGUGCCAAAAUAGAACAUGGCAAUCUACAGUUGUUGACAGUUUAAAGAAGGAAGCCAUAGUUUUUCACAAAAAAAAUGCAAAUUUUCUCUAAUCAUAUUUUCAUUCAUGGCCCAAUUGGGUAUGCAACUGAUCCUCAUUAUAAGAGUUGGUUUGGUCAUCUGGCCUCAUAGAGAAGGCCCAAUCCAAGUAGCAACAAGGUGACUUCCAUGAGUGUGCCCUAACAAUGUGCUGUGAGUGUGUACAGUUCAGCACAGUCACUACAUUACCGUGCAGCUUUGUGAUUGGCUUACUGGCUCUUUGCCUGGCAGUAGAAGGCUACAGACGCAACGCUACAGUCUGCAAUAUCCUGCUUUCACUGUUUACACCAGAGGAGAUAGGCGACGUCCCAAAUAGCACCCGCUUCCCUAUGUAGGGCACUACUUUUAAGUGGUGCACUAUGUAGGGAAUAGGGUGUGAUUACAGACGUGCCCUGGGAGAAGGAGAUGCAAUGCCACAACCUAAAGCGAGUGAAGAGAGGUCUCUGAAAACAGUGAGACAUAUGUUGCAUGCAAUGCUAGCUUGAUUUGGGAUAUCAAUUUGGAAUUGCAAGAUUAGUGUCUUGGUUCUUUUGUGUAAAAAAUGACUUUAGUAUUAUUAUACCAUUUGUUACUACUGAAAGCAUUAUUUUGGUAUGAAUCAACCUUUUUUGUUAAUUAUUUUUAUUUAUGUUUUUGCAUGAUAAUUAUGUGUCAAGGACCUGUGUCAUGUGCCAUAUUUUAUUCAUUUUAUUGUACAAAUGUGCUUUAUUGGUAAGAGAACAUCAGAAUAUAAGACAAGUUACUAGAUUAACUAUUAGGAGUUAUACUUUGUUUUCUGUUGAAAUGAAAAUCAGUACCAAAGUGAAUGUCCACUAAACUUCCAGACAUAAAUGUUAACUUUGAAAGUAGUGAAAAUAACAUAAUCAUGUUUGGGAUGAAUAUCAGUUCCAUAUAGAGUGUUAUAAAUUAGAUUCUAGAAAUCUGGAAACGUUCAAUAAAUUCCCUGGUUUCCCAGAAAUCUUGGUUGGAGGAUCUGCAUUUCCUGCUUCUUAUCUUCUGAGUCCGGAAAACCUCCAACCGGGAUUUCGGGAAAACCACGGGAUUUAUUUACAUUUCCCAGAAUUUUGCAACCCUAGCUGUAAUCCAACAAUUUCAUAUUUUUAUGGAAUGCUUGACAGGGACUUUUCCAUGUUGCUAUUUGCAAAGUUACAUCCUCAUAUCACUAGAUACAAUUCACCGCAAUCUCUAGCAUUUAAACACUCAAUAUUUCACAGAGUAACACUAUGGUAGUGGGAAUAGGAGUUACAUUUUGAUUUAAGUAUAAGUUUAAGCAGCUCAUCUGCAACAGGAGAAAGUGCAGAUUUAGUUGCUCAGUGUGAAAUGUAAUUGUAAUAGGACACUUUUGUUAGGUUGGUGGCAUUACAGGGUAUACCUAUAUAUGUGAUGCUAAGUAUGCAUAUACAAUAUAUGCACUGAAUAUAUACAAUCUAAAGCAGUGUAUGCAUACACUGUUAGUAGCUUUUGUAGUCAAAUGCCUUUGUAGAUUAUAGCUAACAGCUAAAACGUUUUGAUGACCAUGUCUAUUGAUUUGCGCCAUGAACACCAAUUGUGGAUUAUUGAUUUUGUUAAAUAGGAUAAUCUGUCCUGUUUUUGUUUAAUGCUGUUGUAUUCUAACGGAGGUGCAAUAUUAUAUUGGUUUUGGUCGUCUUUCUGACGUGAUGUUUCGCUGUGGGGAAAACCCAAAGGGUUAACUGACCGACUUUUAAACUAAAUAGCGUUUCUUACUAAUUUAAUUUUCAUUCAAAAUUCUUCCAACAGCUCACUGGUUUUUAGUCUUGUUCCGCUGUGCUUCCAGGAUGAUUCUCAAAACAGGUUGCAGGAAAUAAUAGACCGUGUUACUGACUAUGUGAGACUGUUGAAUGGGCAGACCUGACUGUUGUUCUGUGCUUUAUGUAUCUAAGAUCCCUUGUAUGUUCAUUUACAUCAGCUAAAUACUUAGCAUCAACUGUAUGUUUAUCAUUGAUCAGCCAAGUUAUAUUAUCAAUCAUCCUAUAUCAUCAAGCCUUCUUUUUUUAUCAUUUUUUACCUCAACGAAACUGUUCGUAUCAGGAUUGUGGCUUGCUUAAUUUCAUAGUCCUCAUGUACCAUAAUAUCUAUUAACAAAUGGAAAUAGGAAUUUAUACCAUGUUUGCAUGAUAAUUACAUUUAGGUUUCUUUGGGAUUAAGAUAGAAAUGAAUCCGUACUAGUUAGUUACUAAUUGUGUUCACUUAUUUGGAGUAAGCACCAGAAAGUAGCAUGUAUCUUUUAAUCCAUAAAAUGAAGCAUUACCACCCACCUCUCCGUUGGUGGCCUAUCAAGAGAAUUUACAUUAUCAAGAAGCAUAUAAUUGUUGCUUAUGCUCACAAUCAAGUAUCAUUUUAAAAAAAACAUGAAACUCAAAACAUGAGGCCUUUUAAUCCCCUAAAACAUUAACCUCUUUUGGCGAAAGAUGUUAGAUUUGAGAAUUAUGCCAAGAGCAUCUAAAUCAUAACUUUAGUAAAUGGUCUAGACAAAAAUAAAUGGGUUUUAUUGCAAGUAUGAUUGUUAUAAAGAAACAAAACAUAGCCACAAGCUAGCUAGGUUCCUAACCAAAGACAUGAAUGAAACAUUCUGAACAUUCAGUCUUUUUUGAAAUUCUAAGUAUCCAAGCCACAGUUCUUGAUCAUCAUUUAUGUUUCUUGUUGUCUUUAGAGCCCCGUUUCCACUGGCACUUAACGUUAGGGCCCAGUUGGUUCCAAAUUCGAGCUGGCUCAAAUGGAAUUCUUAAAUUCAAGCUGGCUCAAAUGGAAUUCUUAAAUUCGAGCUGGGUCGAGGGAAACCCGGGCCUGAGCAGCCAAGUUUCGCAACUGGUUAGAAUUCGGGUUGGUGACACCGUUACUAUGCAACCACCAAGUUUAUCAACGUUAGCUACCUAGUCUGGGCUUGUUACUGUUAGCUAUGGACAAGCAGUAUUGCAGAUAUCAGACAUGACACUAAUUAGUACCAUACCUGGAUCCUUCAUUCAUUUUUGCACUACACAAUAAACUUUUAUGAGAACAGUCAGCCCUCGAAUGCUAGCUACCUAACUAUAGCUGGCAAAUCAGAGUUGAACAAGCUAGCUAGCUAAUGUGAGCUAGCAGGAAUUUAAGCAGGCCAGGUCAUAUUGAAAAUUAGCUGGACACAUUAUAUCAAACCUAUCAUCUGGUUUGCUUGGUUAGCUAGCUAGCUAAUAGCCAAUGCCAUGGCAAGCAAAGUAGGAAUUAAGCCUGUUAGCUAGCUAGCUAAUGUCAGCAAGCUAAACAUAUGGCUCUGAGUCUAGCUGGCACUGGCAGGAGUAUGGGGUAACAUUAGUUACAGCAUGGUGAGGGUGAAUUACAUUCUUUAAAAUCUAGCUAGCUAGCUAGGUAGCAACAUUAGCGAAGCCAGCUGCAGUCACAUAUUGGCUACCUAGCAGCAUGAAAUAAUUUCAUAUUUCUUGGCCAGCCCAACCUGGGUUGACUUUAAAGUGCCAAUGGAAACAAUGCUUACGUGGCUUAGGUAUGGGCUGGUUUCACAGACAUAGACAGAUGGAUUUUACGUUCUAGCUGUUGUUCUCAGAGUAGUUUGACCUUGGAAUACAUAGUUCUGUAUUUAUAUUAAAACCACCUUUUCAGUAGUCUGAAUUCAAGUGCAAUCUCGGUAAUUUAUGUCUGCACAGCUGCAGGAAGUAGGAGUGCUGAGGGUACUGCAGCACCGUGUGAAAAAUCGAAAGUAAAAAAAGAAUAUAUAUAUAUAUAUAUAUAUAUAUGUAUAUAUAUAUAUAUAUAUAUAUAUAUAUAUAUAUAUAUAUAUAUAUAUGUAUUUUUUUCUCUCCACAAAAGUAGUGCACUAGGCCCUUAGUACUCCUGUAUUAGUGGACCAAUCUAGCCGUCUGUAACGCCCAACAUUUAUUUUGCAGCAUCGCUGCAGCACCCCCACCUCCAAACUACUUCCUGCGGCUAUGUACUGUGUGUCUGGCUUCAGUUCCCAGGCUGUAUGUGUGUGUUGUCUAUCUCUGUGUGUCUGUCUGAAGGGUGUCUGUCUGUCUGUCUGAAGGGUGUCUGCCUGGUUCUGUAUGAGUGUGCUGUCUGUCUCUCUGUGUCUGUCUGAAGGGUGUCUGUUUGUCUCUCUGUGUGUGUCUGUCUGUCUGUCUAUCUGAAGGGUGUUUGGCUGAUUCUGUAUGAGUGUGCUGGACCCAAGACUACAUGCUUAGAGAGAGAGAGCUUGAGUUCUCCAAAUUAGGUAGAGGUUUCCCAUGGGAACAGAUCUUAGCUCACCUUACCUCCCCCAAUCCUAACCAUAACCAUUAGGGGGGGAACGCAAAACUGAUCUUAGAUCAGCAUCCAUGGGCAACAUCAUCCAUCACCAUGUUUUCCAAUGGUAUGUAUAUAUAAUGCUGCAAACUGCCUGGUUUUCAUAAACCAACCAAACCCUAUGUGAGGACUCUUAAGAUGGGGUAACCCGAUAGUCUUUAACAUGGUUAAUAACAUGGUGGAAGAGAAGUGAGAUUCAUUUGUUUACAUUGUUUACAAUGGCACAGUUUUACUUGCUAAGGAUAAAAAUAUAUAAACUCAGCAAAAAAAGAAACAUCCUCUCACUGUCAACUGCGUUUAUUUUCAGCAAAUAUUCAGCAAAUUUAAUAUGUGUAAAUAUUUGUAUGAACAUAACAAAAUUCCACAACUGAGACAUAAACUGAAAUGAAGUUCCACAGACAUGUGACUAACAGAAAUGGAAUAAUAUGUCCCUGAACAAAGGGGGGGUCAAAAUUAGAAAUCAAAUGUAACAGUCAGUAUCUGGUGUGGCCACCAGCUGCAUUAAGCACUGCAGUGCAUCUCCACCUCAUGGACUGCACCAGAUUUGCCAGUUCUUGCUGUGAGAUGUUACCCUACUCUUCCAACAAGGCACCUGCAAGUUCCCGGACAUUUCCUGGGAGAAUGGCCCUAGCCCUCACCCUCCGAUCCAACAGGUCCCAGACGUGCUCAAUGGGAUUGAGAUCUGAGCUCUUCGCUGGCUAUGGCAGAAUACUGACAUUCCUGUCUUGCAGGAAAUCACACACAGAACGAGCAGUAUGGCUGGUGGCAUUGUCAUUUUGGAGGGUCAUGUCAGGAUGUAUUCCCUGUAACGCACAGUAUUGAGAUUGCCUGCAAUGACAACAAGCUCAGUCCGAUGAUGCUGUGGCACAUGCCCCGGACUAUGACAGACCCUCCACCUCCAAAUCGAUCCCGCUUUGGUGUAAUGCUCAUUCCUUUGACGAUAAACUCAAAUCUGACCAUCACCCCUGGUGAGACAAAACAGCAACUUGUCAGUGAAGAACACUCUUUUCCAGUCCUAUCUGGUCCAUCGAUGGUGGGUUUGUGCCCAUAGGCGACAUUGUUGUCUGGUGAGAACCUGCCUUACAACAGGCCUGCAAGCCCUCAGUUCAGCCUCUCUCAGCCUAUUGCAGACAGUCUGAGCACUGAUGGGGGGAUUGUGCGUUUCUGGUGUAACUCGGGCAGUUGUUGUUGCCAUCCUGUACCUGUCCCACAGGUUUGAUGUUCGGAUGUACCAAUCCUGUGCAGGUGUUGUUACAUGUGGUCUGCCACUGCAAGGACGAUCAGCUGUCCGUCCUGUCUCCCUAUAGCGCUGUCUUAGGCGUCUCACAGUACGGACAUUACAAUUCAUUGCCCUGGCCACAUCUGCAGUCCUCAUGCCUCCUUGCAGCAUGCCUAAGGCACGUUCACACAGUUGAACAGGGACCUUGGGCAUCUUUGUUUGGUGUUUUUCAGAGUCAGUAGAAAGGCCUCUUUACUGUCCUAAGUUUUCAUAACUGUGACCUUAAUUGCCUACCGUCUGUAAGCUGUUAGUGUCUUAACGACCGAGUACAUUAAUUGUUUGUGGUUAAUCUAACAAGCAUGGGAAACAGUGUUUAAACACUUUACAAUGAAGAUCUGUAAAGUUAUUUGGAUUAUUACGAAUUAUCUUUGAAAGACAGGGUCCUGAAAAAGGGACAUUUCUUUUUUUGCUGAGUUUAUGUACAAAACGUGCAUAUUUAUUGCCUAAGGUUAAACAACAUGAUGAUGUAACUAUGUUUUCUUCUUUGGAAGAUAAUGUUACAGUUUGUCACUUGUGUUACUAUCUGGAUGCUUUUGGUAGAGUAGUUGGACAUUUUUAUGACUACCAAGCAGUGGAGUCUAGUGGGAGGAGCUAUAGGAGGACGGGCUAAUUGUAGUGUCUGGAAUGGAAUAAAAGGAACAGAAUCAAACGUGGUUUACGUAUUCCAGCCAUUACAAUGUGCCUGUCCUCCUAUAGAUCGUCCCACCAGCCUCCACUGCUACCAAGUGACUGUUUUUUUGUGCUUUUUUAUGGUUACAAUGCAUGGUUAGUUAUUUAUUACAAUACGGAAGUCGCUGAGAUGUGUAUUUUUGUAUUCAGAUUAAUUAAAUGGAUUCAAAUUUGUUGUACAUUGUUGGGUGCCUUAAAAACAAGGCUAUCUUCCUCUUCAAUAAAAACGAGUGCAUACACAA